UUAAAUAAACUUCUAACAACUGAAAAUUCGUUUUGCUCGAUUUCAGCUGCGAAAAAAGAGUAAUUUUAAAAGAAUCGCUUCGAUUACUGUAGUUUACGAGUAUAUUUAAACAAGGACUAUCAUAUCCCCGACAUUGGAUAGAGGAUGGCCGAAAAUUUAGAAAGAAACGGUGACAUGAAUGGAGACAUAAACGAUUUCGACAUCGUUAUGGGUGCUCGUCCUGUACAAAUUGUUCUCACUGAUGAGGAAGAACACAGCUUUUCUUUGAACGAGGAACUUUUAGAAGAGGUCUUGAUCAGCGACGAAAGAGUACGAGACAAGAAAGUUGUUGUUAUAUCUGUAGCUGGUGCAUUUCGUAAAGGAAAAUCCUUCUUACUUGACUUUUUUCUGCGCUAUUUGGACAGAAAGGAAAAUCCUGAUAGAUGGCUAGGUGAAGACAAUGAGGUAUUGACAGGCUUUUCAUGGCGAGGUGGAUCAGAACGUGAAACCACAGGAAUUUUGUUAUGGAGUAAACCAUACCUGUGUACACUUCCUGAUGGAGAGGAGGUUGCUGUUAUUCUCAUGGAUACCCAAGGUUCAUUUGAUAGCACAUCAACUGUCAAAGAUUGUGCAACUGUGUUUGCCCUGAGCACUAUGCUGAGUUCAGUCCAGAUUUAUAAUAUCACACAAAACAUUCAAGAAGAUGAUUUGCAACAUCUACAGCUCUUUACUGAAUACGGCAAGCUUGCUAUAGAAGAAAGUCAUGAAACUCCUUUUCAAAGCUUGUUGUUUCUGGUACGUGAUUGGAGUUUCCCAUACGAGGCCGAAUAUGGUUAUGGUGGAGGAGAAGCCAUUUUGAAAAGGCGUUUAGAGACCAAACCCAAGCAACAUAACGAGCUGAUACAAGUUCGUAAUCACAUAAGAUCAUGUUUUGAUCAACUGGCUUGCUUUCUGAUGCCUCAUCCUGGCCUCAAAGUCGCUACAAGUCCUACUUUCGAAGGACAGCUCGCUGACAUCGACGAAGGAUUCAAACAAAAUCUUCAGAGGUUGAUUCCUUCGUUACUCAGUUCUGAAAACCUGGUUGUUAAAAAAAUCAAUGGAAUGCCAGUGACCUGUCGUGGUCUUGUGGAGUAUUUUAAGGCAUACAUAAAAAUCUAUCAAGGAGAUGAACUUCCAGAACCAAAGUCUAUGUUAUUGGCGACCGCAGAAGCUAACAAUUUAGCAGCUCUGGCGAGUGCCAAAGAUCUUUACCUACAAAAGAUGGAAAAGGUUUGUGGGGGUGACACACCGUUCCUCGCCCCGCAGGAACUCGAACGACGUCACGGAAAAUACAAGUCGGGCUCCCUCGGCAUGUUCCACACGACACGGAAGAUGGGAGGUGCUGAAUUCAGCAAGGAAUUCGCGGAAAAAUUGGAGACAGACAUCGAAGAUGCGUUUGUCAAUUUCGUGAAAUUGAACGAUAGCAAAAACAUCUUCAACGCCGCGCGAACGCCCGCGGUUUUCUUUGCGAUUAUGAUUGUCGCGUAUCUUUUGUCGGGUCUCUUUGGAAUUGUGGGUAUUACGUCAUUCGCAAUGUUGUGUAACUUUUUGAUUGGUUGCUCGUUAAUGGCGAUCAUCACGUGGGCAUACGUCAGAUUUAGCGGCGACUUUCGGGAGGUCGGGCAACAGUUGGAUCAAAUUGCAGAGGUGGUCUGGGACGAGGUCAUGGCAAGGUUUUAUCAGAAAGUUUUGGACAAGGGAAUGGAGGCUGCAACGUCGUCCAUGACGAGAACAACGAAUAGAAACAAGAGCGAAGCGAAAAAAAUAGAAUGAAAAGAUAGCUAUAUUUAUAACAAACAUAAAACUCUUCUACUUCUUCAUCAAGUAGAACCUCGUAUUAAAUUCUGUUCUACUUCUAAAUUUCGAAUUGAUCCUAAUUUCCUGAAAAACCAGACUUAAUUGCCGAGCCAUUUCCGAGAAUUUUUCUUUAAACCUUCCAAAUGUUGAAAUCGACAGGUUACAGUUUCAAUUUGGGGCGAGGUUUAAUGAUAUUUUAAGCGUGUAUGCAUGUUAUGUACGUCUCAAAAAUUUUCCUUACCCCAAACUUUUAACCACAUACAACAUGCAGUGAACCAUUUGAAGCGUUAAUAUUGAUAGCUAUAAAUUUAAUUAUUGGAAGAUUUAAUGCGAUCUAAAGCAGUGUGUGUAUGUACAUAUAUGCCAUUAUA